AUGUGCAUCGAGGCCACUCAGUGGGCGCUUAUGUCUGAAGCUGCACAGUGGGUUUGCACAAGUCGAGCUGACUCUGAAACCCGAGUUGAGGAAGCACGGGUGGGAGCAGAUGAUCCUGCCUGUGCUGCUCAGCUCACAAGCUCAGUCUUGGCUUUGCAGCACCAGGUGCCAGGCCUGGGAACAGCACUGGGGGUGCAGAGGGAGGCGAGAGAGACAGAGCUGAUAGGGGAAACAGGAGCAAGGAGCUGGAGUGGAAAAAUUGGAGGUACAUGGGGACAAGAGGGAAGAUACAAGCUCUGGCUGGCAGAGAAGCUGGUGCUGACUAGAGUCAGGUCCUUGCAGUACCUAAAUUCUACACUGCUAAAUUCUCUGAGACACAUAGGCAGAAGAUUCAUUACUCACUUGAAUUUCUUGUGGAUAAUCCCACUCCCACACCAUUUUGCCAAUAUCAACAAUCCUGGUACUUCUAAGAAAGCAAAUAAUUCUUUAAUAAAAGCAUGACUGAUCUGCUAAGAUAAAAAUUCCACAUGGCAGAGAGUCAUGGAAGACGGGUUUAUUGUGCUGGACAACCAUGAAAGUAGGUCAGAUACAUGCUUUCUAGAGGUUCUUGAUGGCUGUCACGGUGUGACAGCUACAGAUACAAUUGUAGCAAAGCUUCCACUUUUAUUUCUUGAACAGCUUUCUCACAUAGAUUCCUCCCACAAAAAUAAAAACUACAAAGAGCAAAUUCUAGAAUUUUUUGCCAGACUAAUCAAGGCAGAUUACAGGGAAAAAGAGAAGAACCAGGCAAUGAGGAGACCAACAAGCCAGUCUAUUAUGAAAGUGUAUGCUAAGUCCUUUUGGAGAAUCGGAUUUUUACAGCUGGGAAGGAAAGAGGUUUCCAAAGUUCACUGGAGUGGCUGUUCAGUGUGAAAAAGAAUUCCUAGUGAAGAGACGGAUGGCACUGGGGAAGAAGAAAGAAAACAUCCUGAAAACAACACACACAGCCCAUUAGCCAGGACAGCCAAAGGUGUUGCUGGGCUACUGCACAUUGCUAUUAUAGACUCUGCAGCAUUCAUAAAAACAUAAGGACAACAUCCAAUGACUGUGUGACUUAGUACUCCUGGGAGCAAGUGACUUCUAGAUGAUACACAGCGAAGAAAUCACUGCACAGAUUACUCCCUAUGACUGCUUUUUUGCUUGCUGUUUCCCAUACUGAGAGCAAAAGGAGGUAUGAGAAAAAAACAUUUAACUUGCAUAAUAUUUAUCAAUUUCACCUGAGCAUUUAUGGCUGGUAGUUAUUUCAGAUUUUUAUCACUCACAAAACAGUAAUUACUACCCUUGGCAAAACUACUUCAGAACACAAAGCUGACACAAGAUGUCAAGGAAAAUAUCUAGUUUGAUUUUUAUAGAUGCCCAAGCUACAGAAGCUGUAGUUAGAGAACUUCCAAGUUUACAUUCUUACAGCAUCCCUCCCCUGAAAUCAUUCUAGACAGUCAGAUACCAUGUACAAAAAUAACCAGCUCUCAAGCUGAUAGCAGACCACAGGACCUGACAGGAAGGCCAUCUAAGAAACAUACUGCAAACCUCAUUCAUGCAACAGUUACAUCAAUACAUCUAAUAAAUUAAUAAUGAAACCUACUAGUCAUACCACCCACUUUUCAACAGCUCAGGAUAAAAGAACAUGCAAGACUGAAAACCUGAUAGAGCACAUCCAGAUGAUUGUGACAUAUUAAAACAAGUCACUAACACCUUCUAUCAGUGUACAGGGAAAUCAUCAUCUUUUGAUGCUUCAGAUGAUGCCAAAACUCUGUAGUUGAAGUCCACAACAUGGCAGCAUACUUACAAAAAAAACCAAGAGAAGUACCUGCUUAAUCUGAAGAGAAGCAGUACUGCAGUUUGACACAGCCACUGCAGAAUGGUUUUGGCCUGGUCUUUUCACAUUGUGAGCUGAGCACACAGUGCCUCACAAAGAUUCAGAAGUAGAUUUCCAUGCUACAGUCCUCCAUGCACACUCCAAGGCUCUGGUCACAUUCGUUCUACUAUUUCUUAAUUCAUCAGUAAAAUACAAACCUGGAGAACCCAGGAGGAAUAGUAUACUCAGUACUCUACACAUACACUGCAAACUCAGCUCUGGUGAAAAUUUCCUUGGAAAAAAUCCACUGAUAUGGCUCCCCUUCUCCUCUCCUUCUAAUUUUGUAUGCAAUGUAAUCAAUAUCUUUGGAAUAUGUAAAGAAAGAAAACCUGGGUAAGACAUUUUCAUUCACCUACACAAAGGCAAGUACACAACUGCUUGACUUGAAACAAGCUCUUAAACUGAUACAUAUGGGAAUUAUGGAAGUGACUACAAAUAUAGAAAUCUGCUAAAGGAAAUACAAUAAAUUUUUUUGAGACGGAUGGCUUCGCAUUAAUGGAAAUGAGGGAGAUUUUCUUACUUUUAUAGAGUUUAACAUAAAAACUCCAUUUUGCCAUCUUGGGCAGCAUAAAUACAUAGGUCACUCUGCUAAGUAGGAACUUUCACUUUUCUUCUGAAUAUCCCCCCCAUGACAGAGCAGGUCCAUGCUGAAAUGCCAGAACACAAAGCCUGGAGUAUAUUAUCAGCCAAGUACUCCUGGCAAUCCCACCAACUAAUUUACUGGAUGCUGGGUAUUCUCCUCACUCCAGAAGAGAAAUUUGCUGUUGGACAGUCUUCAGUUUUAUUUAUGAAAGAGUCCUGAGUAUUUUAACAGAUCAAACACAGAUCUUAUUAUGCUUGAGUCUGUGUACAAAAUACCAAUAGCCCCAGCCAAUACCUACAAACCCUCAACUUAAUGGCAUAAUUCAGUCAUGUAAGCACAAGCACUGGACUAUUUUCAACUACAAGACAUCUAAUACAGAAGUAUCAAAGUAACACUGGUGACAAAAGCCAGCCUACUGAAGAGAUUAAGACAGUGAGCACUGUUCCUACAAUUAAUGUGAUUAAGCGUAUUAUCAAAUACAAAGGCCACAUGAAAAAAUUCACGAUAAAUUUAAAACUGGAACAUUCCACCACUUUUAUAUCUCAUAGCAAACAACACUGUUUCUUACUAAUAAACUUUUGUACGCUGCAUUAACGGACACAAGCACACAAUGCUGAGGCUGCAACUAUUACCUACUUUAAAUUUCUUCAUACUGGACUUUCUUGAAUGUUUUAAAAGGCACUAACUAGAAAGGCUAAUAUAUUAGCCACUCCUGCUAACUGAAUUUUCCUUCCAGGUUCAGCAGAAUUAGUGUGACACCUUACUGCAGUGUUCAAGACAGUGACAGAGUCAACCAGCAAAAUGAUUGUCAUAUGUAAGCCAUAUUGAGACAUAAUGAGACUGUAAGUUAAACAAGUGAAUCAACACAGUUGCUGCGAAAAAAAUCAUAGCCCUACAAUUAAAGGUAAUAGCCAUCUCAUAAGCUCAUCCAAGCGAUGAAUGGUACCAAUUGCUUUCAGAUAAACUGGUUUAUCAUACAGGAAAUGUAAGCGAUGACUACAAUACUAUUGUCUUUAGCCACCUCACUUCAGCCAACAUCUAGCUUUUCCUGACACUUCUCAUUAUGGAAGAACAAUACCUACAUGCAAUCUGUAGGUAAGCAUGACUGUAACUCUGAAGAGACACUAUAAAACUAGAAAAAAUAAAAAAUACCACGAUUUUUACUUUGCCUGAACGUUACAUGAAAGAAACUGAUUAAUUUCAGUUGCUUAAUUAGCUGUUUAGCCUCUCAUUGCCACCCCCAAGCUCUGAAAGAAGUAUAAGGUAGGAAAAAAAAUCAUUAAAAAUGCCGAGAGAACAGCCUUUCACGGCCCUGUUUGAAACAUUUUGAUAGUUCUUAUGCAAUUCAGCUCUCCUCUAAAACAUAAAAAGCUUAGGUUUGUUC